GCGCCAAGUGGCAUUCACGGCGAAAGAUAUUAACUCCCACAUUCCAUUUUAAUAUAUUGCAGCAGUUUGUUGAGAUUUUGAUUGAAGAGAGCGAAAACAUGACAAAGACCCUAAAGCAUACGGGAGGCACAGUUGUAAAAGAUUUAACAUCGUUUGUUAGUGAACAUACGCUGAAUGCAAUAUGUGAAACUGCAAUGGGCACUUCCCUAAGAGAUCUAAAUGCAUUCCAACAAUCUUAUCGUGAUGCGAUUCACCAAAUGGGCGAUCUUCUUGUUCAUAGAACAAUGAGGCCGUGGCUGUACUUCGAUUGGAUAUUUUCAUUAACGCCAAAAGGUAGAGACCAAAAAAAGCUUCUGAAGAUAUUACAUGGAUUUACCGAAAAAGUAAGAAGACUGCUUCAAAUU